AUGGACCCCGAACUUAAACCUACAAUAUCAGCAUCAUCUGAUGAUUGUAUGGACACAGACGCAAUGAAGGAGCUCAAUUUCCUAUUAUCGGGCAGCAAAAAUAUGCGAAUUGAAGAGACGCCCGUUUUCAAUAUUCGCCUCAUCGCCGAAGUCAAAUCUCGUCCAUUUUUAUAUGAUCAAGCGGAUGAAGGGUAUAAUAUGAUUGCGUGGCGGAAUUCAGCAUGGAAUGAGAUUUCGGAAGCGCUGGAGACAACACGUAGGUUUUUUUUGGGUCACGUAAUAAAUAAAUAUUUUUAAAAAUCAAUUUGCAAAAAAAAUCUGAAAGACUUUGAGUUUUUCAUUUUCUGGUUCUGCCUUUAUAAAAAUUUGUUUCAUCAAGAUUUGGAUUUUUUUUUGAAAUUUUUAAUCACAAAAGCGAAUUUCAAUCAAUCUCUUCCUGUUCUUUUCCAACGGCAAAAAAGUUGGAUAUUGUUUAUUUUAUGGUUAAACAAACAAAAGUUUGAACUUUUGCCAACCCCAUUUUUUUGCAGCAGAACACGUGAAAACUCGCUGGAAGACCCUUCGAGAUCGAUACAAAAAAGAAGAGAAAAAAGAACGAGUUUCGAAAAAACCAUCGAGUUGGGUAUUUCAACGACCAUUGCGAUUUAUUCAAGCACAUCUCAAAGAUAGACAGUGAGUUUUUUCCUGGCCAGGGUGAUUCAUAGGAUCUAUCUCAUAUAUAAAAUUAUAGUACUGAUGAAAGUGAACCGUUGGAAGCAAAACUUGAAGGAGAUGUUUCGCCGAUGGAAGCAACUAUCAAUUUCAUUGAAAAUGAGAUUAUUCGAAAUCAGGAAAAUACAUCAACAUCGUCUUCUGUAGAAGAUUCGGCGUCUACAGCAUCAAGUUCAUCAUUGAAGUUAGAGACAACUUCAGAAACAACAAAUCGAUCGAAUGGUCGAAGACUCUCAACUCCACCGCAUUUACCAAUUCCGAUUCCUAUGAAUGUCACACCAUCGCCAUCAACAACAUCUUCGAAUGUUGCACCGCCAACAAAACGAGCAAGACAUACAGAACCAGCGAUUCCAAUGUAAGAUUUUUGCUAAUUUUUAUUUUUAUUUUAAAAAACAGUCAUAAAUUUUUGCAGACAAGCUCGAAAUGCUGCGGCCGCCGCUGCAGCUGCUGCAAGUCUCGGAAUAUUUCCAUGGACACAAAAUCGAGAUGAUGAAGAAGAUGAGAUAUUCGGUCGAAUGAUUGCACUGAAAUUGAGUAAAUUGGACGCGAGAACCAAAGAGUUGGCGAAAAUGCAAGUUUUGAAGGCGAUUUUCGACGCUCAAUAUGGAAGCACAUAA